GGAAAAAAAGUGGGGAGAAAGAGCAGAACAUAGCAAAAUGUAAAAAAGUAAGUGAAUCUGAUUUCUCUUUUUGUAGCUGUUACAAAUUACAGCUGUGUGACAUGUCUUAUUGAGAGACACUGGUUUUAAAAUUUAGGCCAUUGUUACUAAUAAUACUUUACUACCUGGGUCUACAUUGAAAAGUAAUGCUCUACUGCAGUACAUGGUACAAUCUUCCCUGCUUGUUCUCCCCUCAUGAAGUCAAAGUAAGAUGUACUGGCUGUGACAGUUGAAUUUUAUAAUUGAGACAGAGUUUGUAAGGAGGAAUUGCAUUUUGCUGCACCACUUAAUACAGCUCCGGGGGGGGCAGAGCAGCCUUCAGGUAACUAAAGAAGAAUUCUGUGUCUAAAGUCUUUAGUUGUGGUGAUUUAUGUUCAGAAAUGUUUUCUAUCUGAUGCGACUUAGGUCUGUUUAUUUGAGUUGAAAUUGUGUGGAAAUGUGCUGCCAGUGUUAUCUAAAAUAGUUUGGUAAACAGUGUAUCGAGACAAUACUGUUCAGAUAUGAGCAACGUUUUCUCUGUGUGAGGGAGUAAAGUACAUGACAUUUCCUAAAAUGAUAAAUUGCUUUCUGUGGUUAAAUUUCACUGGCUUAGAUGAGAAUUCUGUCCUUCAGAAGUGAGAAAUGGUUACUGGUAUCCUUUAGGGGAUCUUAAGUACGUGUUUCCUUUUGAGUGAAAGGUUCUGAACACAGACUUACCGUGACAUAUUAUUCUGUUCUUAUCUCCCAAAAUAGUAUGAGAUGAUUUAAAGAAUGAGAUUAGAUUUUAGAAGGAAAAUUAGUUUCAUGGGUUAUCUCUGACAGCUGCUUCCUGCUCACCUCUUUCCACUAGCAGUGCAGUGAAGUAUUUGGACUAUUUACACACGUUCCUGCUAAGCAUGGAGCUGUUCAAUAGGCAUUUCGGGAAGGAUCUAGAAAAUCUUCAAGAGUAAAGGUAAUGUGAUUUAGUGAUUGUUUUGUUCUGUUUCAAACCUUAAUUGUACAUUAAUUAAUGCAUAACUGCAGAUGCACUCGUGAUGCUUUAUAAUACUUAAGUACUAGACUACUCGAAUGAAGUUACUGUAUGAUUACCAUGGUAAUUUUAAACUGAGAUGAAAAGCUCAUCUUUUUGUUCUACAGAUUUAAGCAAAGUAGUGUAAUUUCUUUUUUUUCCUGAGAAUAUUUGUUUCUCAAGAAUCAGUGAAAUAUUUAGGGCUUAUCUAUGCCAUAUGGAAGGGAAUAAAGUUGAGUGUACAUCUCAUCUGAACCUCCAACUCUGAGAGCUAAGUUAGCAGUUCUGCUCUGUCAUUCACAGGUGUAUCCAUCUGGUGGGACACUACUCACUAGGGCUGAUGCAGUUAAAGGAAUGGUGUUUGGGAUGUCUGCUUUCUAAGAUUUAAAUGUUACAGCAUUCUUAGUUUUAUGUGGGGAAAAAAAUGUACAUAGUGUGAAAGCUAGGUAUUUUCCAUGAUUCAUUCUUCCUUGAGAUAAAUAUCAGUAAGUAGGGCACAACUGAUGCUUCAGAGAUACGACUGUGACUUGCAAAUAUCAAGACAAAAUCAGGAAAUCAGAGGAAAAAAUCUUUUUUUGUUUGUUUCUGAAUGUGGUGUUUGUAUGGUUCUGUUGCUUUUGUUUUUUUCGUAGUUUUUUUGCAUCACUUUUUUUAUGCUGUUUAUAUGUAUGGUUCCUUCAAUGCACAAAAUAAAUAUAAUCAGUAACAGGUAAAUUAAACUGCUGAACUACUUGCUGUUUAUUAAUGUUUAAUAGUGUCUCUGCUCAGGUGGAUAGAAAAGGGAGCGUUGGCUGCUGCUGUCCGUAAGGAGCACUGGUUGGCUGCAGCCUGGCUGCUGUUUGUGAGGUCUGGAGGUACAAUGGUACUUUCUUUAAAAGUGAAAGGACCCAGAGUGCUGCAGGGGAAAAAAAAUGUUUAGUGAGGAACAGAUAAGGGGAGAAAAAUGAUUGGUGCUAAGUUUCUAACGCUAGUUUAGUCUGUGCACCUUAAUGUAUUAGUAGUAGGUUUUGUAAAGUUUAGCUAAGUGCGAAGCAGAAAAAUGUGGCAUAACCCUUGAAGCUGAAAGGGGGAUAUCAGAUCUGUGUGUAAUGAAAUGGAAGCUGGUUUGCAUAUGUUCAUAGAAAUUGAGUAGAGAGAGAUUUGAUCUCAGUUCCUGCACUCAUAUUGCAGCGCAAUUGCGGGAGGAGUCAGUGUCAGUCUUCAUCCUCGUCCCACUAAAAACUAGAAUCCCUAUUUAAGAGGAAUGUAUUCCUGAAGUUGGGCAAUAUUUAUGAAAUGAUGCAGUUUUUAAAGGGCAAAUACAAUGCUAUUGAAUUCAGUGAAAUGUUUUUAAGUAAUUCAGAACUUUAAACUGAACUUCCUACAAACUGUACUUCCCCUUUGUAUAGCGAAGGAGAACGUGCAUAUGAAGUACAGUUCUGACAGGUCUCAAUUUUCAUAGGAACAACAAAGACAGAGCAAGGCUGCAUAUAAACAAAUUUAAAUCAAUGGCAUACCUUUACUCUUCAUUUUGUAGCAUGCUGUAGACUUAUGUUGUUGAGCGUACUAGUGGGAACAUGUCUUUCAAAAAAAAAUUUUCUUCUUCCCUUAUAAUAAGUGAUUGCUUACUUAAUUUACAGGGCUCAGCUCCAGAGAUUGAUCCUACUGACAGUUCAAACUUUGGAUGGGAAACUAAAAUCAAAGCAUGGAUGGAUCGUUACGAAGAAGCGAAUAAUAACCAGUACAGUGAAGGUGUUCAGAGGGAGGCACAAAAAAUAGCUCUGAGAUUAGGCAAUGGAAAUGACAAGAAAGAAGUCAGCACCAGCAAUCUGAUUUUCAAACCUCCAGUAGAGAGUUACGUGCAAAAAAACAAGAAAAUUUUAAAAGCUGCCAAAGACUUGCCUCCUGAUGCACUUAUUAUUGAAUACAGAGGAAAGUUCAUGCUGAGAGAACAAUUUGAAGCUAAUGGAUAUUUCUUUAAAAGGCCAUACCCAUUUGUUUUAUUUUAUUCCAAGUUUCACGGGCUAGAAAUGUGUGUUGAUGCAAGGACUUUUGGAAACGAAGCACGAUUCAUCCGGCGUUCAUGUACACCAAAUGCGGAGGUGAGGCAUGUAAUUGAAGAUGGAACGAUUCAUCUUUAUAUUUACUCCAUCCAUAACAUUCCAAAAGGAGCAGAGAUUACAAUAGCAUUUGAUUUUGAUUAUGGAAAUUGUAAAUACAAAGUGGACUGCGCUUGCCUCAAAGAAAAUCCUGAAUGUCCAGUUCUCAGACGUUCUGAGCCCACAGAAAACAUCAAUACUGGAUAUGAAACCAGAAGGAAAAAGGGAAAGAAAGAGAAAGAUGUUUCAAGAGAAAAGGAGACUCAAAAUCAGAACAUCACAUUGGACUGUGAAGGAGCAGCCACCAAAAUGAAAAUCGCAGAUAAUAAACAGAGGAAACUCUCUCCCCUCAGGCUGUCCAUUUCCAAUAACCAGGAGCCAGAUUUUAUUGAUGAUAUAGAAGAAAAAACUCCCAUUAGCAAUGAAGUAGAAAUGGAAUCAGAGGAGCAGAUUGCAGAGAGGAAAAGGAAGAUGACAAGAGAAGAACGGAAAAUGGAAGCUAUCUUGCAAGCUUUUGCCAGACUAGAAAAAAGAGAAAAAAGAAGAGAACAGGCUUUGGAAAGGAUCAGCACAGCAAAAACUGAGGUUAAAUCAGAAUGCAAGGAACCACAGAUUCUCAAUGACACUGAAUUUAUUCAGGAACCAGCAAAGGAAGAAGCUGUCACUAAGCCUACCCCAGCCAAGGUUAAUAGAGCUAAACAGAGAAAAAGCUUCUCUCGAAGCAGAACUCAUAUUGGACAACAGCGUAGACGGCACAGAACUGUGAGCAUGUGUUCAGAUAUUCAGCCAUCUUCUCCUGAUGUGGAAGUAACGUCACAACAUAAUGAAACUGAGAAUGCUGCACUGGUGGCUGAGCCAGAAACAGAAACUGUUGUUACAGAAAUGGUUACCGAAACAGAAGCUCCAGCACUUAAUAAAUGUCCUACUAAGUAUCCUAAAACAAAGAAGCACUUGGUAAAUGAAUGGUUAAGUGAAAAGAGUGAUAAGACGGGGAAGCCUACAGACAGUGUUUCAGAAAGGCCUCUGCGUAUAACCACCGAUCCUGAAGUUCUGGCUACUCAACUGAAUUCUCUACCAGGUCUCACUUACAGCCCACAUGUAUACUCUACUCCAAAGCACUAUAUUCGUUUUACUUCACCAUUCCUUUCAGAAAAGAGGAGGAAAAAAGAACCCGUGGAAAACGUGACUGGUUCUUGUAAAAAGCGUUGGUUGAAGCAGGCUUUGGAAGAAGAAAACUCAACAGUGAUUGAUAGAUUUAAUUCGCCAUCGCUAGAGGGAUCUAGAAGUCCAGCCAUCAACGGUGAAAAUAAAAGCCCUUUAUUACUGAACGACAGCUGUUCCUUAACAGAUCUAACAACACCUCUAAAAAAACGAAGACUGUACCAGCUGUUGGAGUCUGCAUUCUCAGAAACCUCUACACCUACUCCUUCUCCAUAUGCCACACCAACUCAUGCUGAUAUCGCUGCCUCAGAGCCAUUGAUGUUUGCUACUCCGCCUAGGGUAAAAACAGAGGAUGAAGCUUGUAGAAAUGGUUACAAACCCAUUUAUUCACCAGUUACUCCUGUAACUCCAUGUAUCCAUGGAAAUACCAUGCACUUUGAGAAUAUUUCCUCACCUGACAGUUCCCCAGAAAUAAAAAGGCGAGCUUACAGUCAAGAGGGAUAUGACAGAGCAUCAAUUCUAGCACUGAAUUCUUUCAGAAAUUCCAACCUGACAGAAAUGGGCCUGCAGGAAAUAAAGACUAUUGGAUAUUCCAGUCCAAGAAAUAGGACUGAUGUGACACGGCAGUGCACAGGAGAAAUGGAAUCUGUGUCAGACCUCCAGCUGGGACUCGAAGUAAUUGAGCAAAGCACACUGCAUAAAAACCUGGAAGCCCCUACACAUGAUAGGACUGAUUCAAGCAGCCAAUUAGAAACUGCUCAUUGUGGACGGGGCACAAUUUAUUCUUCCUGGGUAAAAAGUCCCGACAGGACAGGCGUAAAUUUCUCAAUGAAUUCUAAUUUGAGGGACUUGACCCCUUCACAUCAGUUGGAGGUAGGAGGUGGAUUCAGAAUAAGCGAGUCAAAGUGCCUGAUUCAAGACGAUGCUAGAGGCAUGUUCAUGGAAGCAUCUGUUUUUUGUACUUCAGAAGAUGGAAUUGCAUCUGGCUUUGGAAGGACUGUCAAUAAUGACAACUUGAUGGAUGGGAAUUGCACACCCCAGAAUCCUCCGCAGAAGAAAAAGGUAUCCUUGCUAGAAUACCGUAAGAGACAACGAGAAGCUAGAAAAAGUGGCUCAAAGACAGAAAACUUUCCCCUUGUUACUGUAUCUCCUCAUGCUGCUGGUGGAGGAAACAUAAGUAGUAACAGCGGUGCUAAUGAUGGAUUUAACAACAGUGGUGAAAAUGGGGAACAAACUGAUAACGCUGCGAGCCAGCCUGUACCACUGCCAACUGCUGUUUAUAAUGCAGCUCCAGAAGACGUGGGCAACAACGGUGCAAACAAGGAAACUUCUUCCAAUGAGAAGAACGAGCCUGAGGUUCAGUGGACUGCAUCAACCUCUGUGGAACAAGUGAGAGAACGAAGUUAUCAUAGAGCUUUGCUUCUCAGUGAUCAUAGGAAAGACAAGGACUGUGAACCUGAUGCUGAAAAUCCAGAGCCGCCUUCUGAAUGUCCAUCCCCAGAUACUUCACAGAAGACAUGCAGGAGUCCUUCAAAAGCAAGCAAGCCCUCCUCGCCGAGUCCCGUAGUUUCAGCGCCAUCACUGGGAAAAACACCCACGAAGCCGGAUUCACACUGGGACACUGCAGCUGCUGCACCAGAGGCCGAAGGUGUGAAUCAUCCGAAAUCAGAGCUGCAACAAAAACAGCUGACAAAUAACGUCCAAGCACUUUCAAAAACUCAUCCAUCUCAAUCACAUCUGCGCAGUUCUGCUGAGCAACUUUCACAUUCACAGAAGUUGCCUUCUGCACCUUUGAAGCUCCACUGUCCCCCUUCACCUCACGUAGAAAAUCCCCCGAAGCCAUCAACCCCCCACGCGCCCGUGCAGCACGGUUAUCUCUCACCAAAGCCUCACUCGCAGCAGUUGGGAUCUCCGUACAGACCUCAUCAUCCACAGUCACCUCAAGUCGGAACACCCCAGAGGGAAACACACCGUGGUUUCUAUCCCACAGCGCCAACCCUUCAGCCCAGUAAUCAGCAGCAGGCCAGCGGGCCGCUGUUCGCUCAGACAGCUUCAGGACAAUCCUCGGCUUCUUACAGCCAGUUCAACCAACAGAAUUUGAACAGCAAUGCGCCACCUCCCCCACCUCCUCCACCCCCUUCUUCCACCUACUAUCAGAACCAGCAGCCCUCUGGAAACUUUCAGAGUUACAGUCAGCUGAAGGGUAGCAUCCCCCAACAGACUGUGUUUUCAUCCGGACCAAAUCAAGCACUUCCCGGCUCUGCAGGUCAGCAGACGGUGCCGGGACACCACGUAACUGCAGGGCAUUUCUUGCCCUCUCAGAACCCCAGUAUUCAUCACCAGGCUUCAGCGUCUGCUGCUCCUCCUCCGCCGCCGCCGCCUCCUGCUCCGGGCCCUCACCUGGUUCAGCAGCAGAGCACCCAUCAGCAGCAUUCUGUAGCACACGUCGUCGGCCCGGUUCACGCUGUGGCGGUGGCUCCUGGAUCUCACAUGCACUCUCAAGCUGCCGGUCACCACCUGCCACCGCCACCUCCACCGCCGGGCCCCAUGCCCCACCACCAGCCUCCUCAUCCUCCGGCCGGACACCAAGGUUUGCAAGCACAACACCAGCACGUUGUAAACUCUGCUCCUCCUCCCCCUCCGCCUCCCCCAUCCAACGUUAUAGGCUCGGGGCACCACCCGGCAUCGGCACAAGGGUUACACCACCCAUCGCAUCAAGGACCUCCCCAUUUUCCCUCAGGCGCUCACACGAGCGUGCCCUCCUAUUCCUCGCAAGCCCCCCACCACACGACGUUAGGACCCGGACCUCAACAUCAGCCUGCUGGAACAGGGCCUCAUUGUCAGCUCCCCGGUCAGGGUCCCCACAUCCAACCUCAAGGACCAAACAGUAUUGCAACCCCCACUGCUUCAGGGUUCUGCCCGCACCCUGGCUCGGUAACGCUCCCGCACGCAGUGCAAGGACCGCAGCAGGCGUCACCGGUGCCCGGACAGAUCCCCAUUCACAGAGCACAGGUGCCGCCCACCUUUCAGAACAAUUACCAUGGUUCAGGGUGGCAUUAAAACGGAUCCCCUUAAUCCUAAACAUUUUUUAAAUGUUCUGUAAUAUAAACUGUGUAUAUUUCAUAUGUACCUACGGGAGGUACUUUUUAAAGCUUGUACAUGAUACUUUGUAUAAAAGCAAACACCAGUGCUCUCUCAUUGUAUCUUUCCAUUUUUUGCUUUUUAAAAUUCCCAGAAACGUGCUGUUCAGCCAGUAUUAGGUAUUCCUUUUUAUUUUGUAAGUGAACAUUCCAGCUGUUUUUUCUGGCAGUAGGUUUGAUGCUGCAUAAUCUUUAAAGUUUUAUCGUUGCAGUUAAAUUCAUUUAGUGAAUGUUUUCUAUAUUACUUUUAUACAUAUGUAAUUAAGUAAGUACACAGGCUAAGUGAUGGCACUAACAACUUUUUUUUUCCAUUUUCUUCUGUCGACGGUUUUGUGUGCAUAGAGAUAGAAAACAAUGCAAUACAAAUUUUUAUAGUUUUGGUGUGGACAUGGCUUUUUGUUUCAUCAGUUCUUUGCAGAAAAUGUAAUUUAAUGUAUAGACCGUUUCUAAUGUCUGAGUGCUGUAAAUACUGUAUUUCUUUUGCUUGUAAAAUUGCUUAAAGCUACUUUCAUUUGAUAGAGUAUUGUACAUAAUAAGUCUCUUUUGCAAAAAAAACAAGUGUGAUCUUUGUGAAAGUAGUACAGUAUAUGAUCUUUAAUUUUUUUUAAUAUACUGUCACAUUGCAGCACUGGUUGGGCAUUUUAAUUCAUGUUAAUAAAUCACAAUUAUGUCAGUUUUAA